AUGGGUGCCGGCCAACGAAGGGAAAGGGGAGCUGUGACGUCGGAAAAAAAAAAUAAAGAAAACGAAAAGCAGACGGAUAGAAAGGGGCAAAGAGGGACGCCGAGAAAAAGAUGUGCAGCAGGAGCGAGGUUGGUUUCCUUAUACGGCGGCAUCAUGAUCGGCUCCAUAUGGCAAUGGCCCCGGCCCCGGGAACGCAAAGAGUGUGCCAAGUGCCUACCAAGCGAGUAUCAGCCUAGGACAGAAGCAGAUACCAGGCAGCAGAUACAUGUUGCUGCUCUUACUUUUGCUGUCAGCCAUCUUGACGUUGGUCUUGGCGUGUACGGUUGUCAGGGGGGGAAAGAUGUUGAUAAUGGAGCACGUGGAGAUGGACAUGGAGUCCAACAGUGUGUUUUGAACGCUCUGACGAAAAACACCCUGGGGGUGGCGGCCCCGUUUGGUGAAUUGAGUUUCGGCACAGCGGCAACGCGGCAAGCUAGUUAG